AUGCCCGGGCUGCUGGUGCUGGCGGCCAACGCCACUGCGCAGUGCGUGUGCGCCAGUGCCUGCCGGCGGCCGACCCCCGUUGUUGCUUUGCGUCUCUUGCUCGCCUUCUUUACAAGGCUGCAUCUCUAUUGGUGGACAGUACUAGAGAAUAAGGACGAAGGUUUCCAUAUGCCUGAAAUUGCUGAUCGAUGGAUUGUGAAAUGUUUCACACUUCUUAUCAUGGACGACAAGAGCAAAGUCAAGAAGGAAAUAGAUGGCCCCCUUGGACCCCCUCCUCGAAAGGGAGGGCUUAAAUUCGCACCAAAAGUACCUCAGAAGAAACCUGCCAAGGUUGUCCCAAAGAAGGAACCAGUUGAGGAGAGCAAGGAGGAAGCUGUGGAUAAGGAGUUGUUGAUGAAACUUAAGAUGUCGCAGAACAAGUAUCCCUCUGCAAGAAUUAAGUCCGAGGAAAAGACAAAAAGUGGUACACAGGUUGCAUUUGGACAAGGAAACUCUUCUUAUGCAAGAUAUUUUCCCAUGCCCAAAAAGGAUUCUUCAGCAGGUGAAGCUUCGAAGUUACCAAAAGAAUAUGCAGAACCAUGGGACUAUAGCCAUGAUUAUCCUGUUACUCUCCCACUAAGGAUGCCCUACUCUGGAAAUCCUGAAAUUCUGGAUGAGGGAGAAUUUGGAGAAUCUUCUGCCAGCAGGGCUCAAGGUGCUAAAUUAUCUGCAGCAGAAGAGCUUGGAUUAAUGGAUCGGGCGGCGGAAUCACAGUUCGUCUUCUUCCAGUUUCCAUCCUCUCUUCCUUUACCGAGGCAGCCACAAUCAGUUGCUGACCCUACUGUAGUCUCUGAUAAGAGACGUGAGGGCAUGAGGCCAUUAUCGCACAUUGGCUCAAAACUCAAAGAGAUUCCUGAAGGCUAUAUGGGGAAAAUACUCGUAUAUAGGAGUGGCAAAGUGAAGAUGAAGAUCGGAGACGCUCUCUUUGAUGUUUCAUCUGGCUCGAAUUGCAUGUUUGUCCAGGAGGUUGCAGCAAUCAACACCAGAGAAAAACAUUGCUGUACGGUGGGGGAGAUCAGCAAGCGUGCUGUUAUCUCCCCAGAUAUUGACUACAUGUUGGGUUCUGUUGACAAGAUGGAAGAAUAG